UCCGAACCAGAAAAAAUGCCGCCAAGACGAAAAAAUAAUUACAAAAGAACUAAAAAUUGUUUCCGUUUAAACGCGAUUUCACAAUCAUUACCUGCUCGCCAUACCAGGCUUUCAAAGCAUUUUGAAUACUGGUAAAGAUUUCACUGUAGAGUCCUGCCCGUGGCCUACUUUAUUGAUGAUACUUAAGAGCUCCAAUCACAAGCAGCAAUAGAAACAACAGUUUCAGAAAACGAGACCAGUAGCAGCGGCAAAAUCCUUGCCAGGAGCUAAUUAUAUAUGUCUCAGCUUCCUAGUAGUAAUCAAAGCUGAUAGAUGUCUACAGCAGAGACCAAUUUGUGUCUGGAUGGUGAUUUAGAAAAUCAAUCCUUUUCAAGGCCUAUGAUAGAUGAUGGUGCGAUUGACAGUAGCAGUGGCAAAGAAACUACUUUCAGUUUGAACAAAGAAGGCUCAAGUCAAAGUGUGUCUGCAGGAGACAGGUCUAAUAAUGUGAAUCUUCAGCUCACCUGUUUUACUGAGGAGGCUCAUGAUGUUACCCUACAUUUUCAGAUCAUAAGCCUUUCUAAACAGAUAUAUAUUUGGAUUGGCUGUAAUUCAGCAAAGCUUGGUCAUUUAUACGCAGGUGCACCUACUCGACCUAAUAAUACAGUGAGCAUAACAUCUUUACUAGGAGGAGGUGCAGAUAGCACAGGAGCAGGCAUUGCUCACAGGCUUGUACUGAGGACAGGACUAAAUAUCAUACUAGCGUGCAACAUUCCAAAGGGCAGUCCCAUGCUUGAGGCACAUGCAGAAAGAAUACUUAUUCAGAAGUUGAAUAGUCUGGGUUAUUCAAAGGAUGAAUGUAAGAGGCGUUCUCCUGUCAGUGUUACCUAAAGAGGUUAUGCAUGGCUAUGCAAUUGCAUUUUCAAAGAUAAUUUUGUUGAUCUUAUCUCUGGUCUAUUUGUAAUUAAGAAUCAUAUAGGGAGUAAUAAGUCAUCCACUUCAUUUUAAUGUUUAAACAACAAUCUUUGGCAGCCAUGCUAGAUAGGCGUGCAGGAGUGCCAGGUUAAUUACAUUCAGUGCAUUUUCAAGGUUUUAUUCUAUUUGAAUAUAGCAACUGCAAUUCUUAUCAGAUGGUUGUUUGAAGGAUGAACAGAAGAGGCUUUCUCCUUUCAAUGUUAUGUAGAAUAGUAAUGUAUGUUUAUUAUACAUGUUACCCAUUUUAAAGCAA